AUGGCAUCCAGAGACAAGGCUGUGGGGAUAUUCUUUCUGUCCCAGACUAUACUGGGCAUUCUGGGGAACUUAGCUUUGCUUUGCUGUCGUAGUCUCUCUAACUUAAGUGGGAACAAGGCAAGGCCCAUAGAUCUGAUUAUCAAACACCUGAGCUGGGCUAACAUCUUGGUGCUUCUCUCCAAAGGAAUCCCUCAGACAAUGGCUGCUUUUGAUAGGACAUAUUCUUUAGACAACAGUUUGUGUAAACUUGUAUUUUACUUUCAUAGAGUUGCCAGGGGAGUAUCUCUUGGUGCAACAUCCCUGUUGAGUGUCUUUCAGGCUAUCACCAUCAGCCCCAUCAAUUCCAAGUGGGCACAGCUCAAGUCAAGAGUUCCCCGCAUCAUUGGUCCUUCCCUGGGCCUGUGCUGGACCCUGUAUCUUCUUAUAAAUAGCUUCCUUAUCACGACAGUGACUAAUAAGAAUGAUAAUGGAAAUCUUACUAACUUUAGACAAUUUCUGUACUGUGUAGUAGUAAAAUUUUCCAAGCAAUCUUAUUUACCAUAUGCUAUCAUAUUGGCCUCCAAUGAUGUUAUCUGUUUGGGACUCAUGAUGUGGGCCAGUGGCUCUAUGGUGUUGAUUUUGUUCCAGCAUAAACAGAGUGUCAAGCAUAUCCACAGAUCCCUGUCUACUAAAUCAUCUCCUGAGAAGAAAGCCACACAAAGAGUUCUUAUCCUAGUGAGCAGUUUUGUGGUCCUUUAUGUAGCCUCUGUGACCUUAAUGAUGUAUUUUUCUUUCCAGGAUGGAACAGAUACAUGGGUGGUCAAUGCCAAUGUGGCUAUGAGUGCAUGUUUCCCUGCACUCUGCCCCUUUCUUCUCAUCAGACACUACACCAGGGAUCUUCAUCCCUGCAGUACUUGA